ACAUAUAGGCAUUCAAGUUAUUCUUGUGUGUUGUAACAUUUGGUCUUUCGGUAGAAGCACAUGGAAACAAACUAUAUCAAGAACUGUGUAGGAGUGUAACUUGUCAUCAGUGAUGUGAAGUUCAGUGUUGGAAGCAGUUUUGUAUGACUUGGUGCUGAUGUUUGAGAAUGCUACACUGAAGUCAUUGUUAUAUUUGUUUUGAAAGGGGGAUGGUGUGUGUACUAGAAGAAGGCGAGGCACUGUGCAUUAUUCAAGAUCUCACGUCUGCCACAACUGGCACUAAGAGGAAACUGUUGCUACCCGUCUCAUCUACGGUCCAGGAAUUGUUUCAGGAGGUUGGACAGAUCUUCCAUUAUGAUCCUGAAAAUUUUGAACUCAUCUUAGACUGCACUUCAGAUGGACAAUCGAUUAUCCUCAAUGAACAUAAGGAAAAGACCAUCAGUGCAGUGGGUGUGAACUGUGACUCUGGAGCCCGGAACACAUUCAUAAUUACAGACAUGCCGACUGCGCCGAGACGCAAAGUUGUGCCAGUAUCUGGGGAUGGCGAAGAUGAUAUGCUGUUAGGGGCCUCGGCCAGUCCCACGGCAGCGGCGGACUAUGCUCAUCCGCCGCCUGCGCCCCCACCUCCUCCCCCUGUCGUCAGCAGUGGGGACUGUUCUUACGCCGCUGCUCUGAUCAAGCAUGACACAGGUUACGUUGGUUUGGUAAACCAAGCGAUGACUUGUUACCUCAACAGUCUCCUGCAGGCUUUGUACAUGACACCAGAAUUUCGCAAUGCUUUGUAUAAGUGGGAGUUUGAUGGAACCGACGCAGAAGCAGUAAAAUCUAUACCAUACCAGUUGCAGAAAUUGUUCCUCAAUCUGCAAACAUCGUCUAAAUCUGCUGUUGAAACAACAGAACUUACACGUAGCUUUGGAUGGGAUUCUAGUGAAGCCUGGCAGCAGCAUGAUAUCCAGGAGCUUUGUAGGGUUAUGUUUGAUGCCCUUGAACAGAAAUUUAAACACACGGACCAAGCUGAUCUCAUACAAAGACUCUACGAAGGAAAAAUGAUUGAUUAUGUUAAAUGCCUCGAAUGUGGCACUGAAAAGUCAAGGGAAGACACAUUUCUGGACAUCCCCCUUCCAGUACGGCCAUUUGGCAGUGCAGUGGCAUAUGGAAGUGUUGAAGAAGCGUUAAGAGCUUUUGUUCAGCCGGAGACUCUUGAUGGUAACAACCAGUACCACUGUGAAAAGUGCAACAAGAAAUGUGACGCUCACAAAGGACUGAAGUUUUCCAAGUUCCCUUACCUCCUCACAUUACACCUGAAGCGUUUUGACUUUGACUAUACCACGCUGCACCGAAUAAAACUCAAUGACAAGGUCGCUUUCCCAGAAAUACUCAACUUGAACAGCGUCGUCGCGUGCGCUGGCAACAGGGACGAGAGCGACGGCGUUCCUGAAGAAUCUGUAGUUAAGUGUGAUGACAGCAGCACUACUGACAGUGGUUCUGCUCUUGAUGAUGAAAGUUGUCAAGGAACUGAAACUGUCCUCAGUACACAAGAUGCAGAUUAUCAGGAGGACGAUGAAGGCAUAGACAUGAGUAAUGGGCCAAAUCAUCAUGAAAAUGAGAAGAACCGAAGACACACGAUGGAGAAGGGCCCUUACAUGUAUGAACUGUUCUCUAUUAUGAUUCACUCGGGAAGUGCAUCGGGUGGUCAUUAUUAUGCGUACAUCAAGGAAUUCAAGAAGGGCGACUGGUUCUGCUUCAAUGACCAGUCUGUUAACCGGAUUACAUAUGAUGACAUAACAAAAACUUAUGGUGGAGGACCAAUGAGGGGUUAUUAUUCUGGUGCUUAUAGUUCUAGUACCAAUGCUUACAUGUUAAUGUAUCGCCAGAUCGACAAAGAAAGAAAUUGCGAAGCUAUGUCCGUCGAUGAAUUUCCUUCUCAUAUCAAGGAUUUAUUACAAAAAAUUCAAAAACGUGAAGAAAAUGAACGCAUCCUCUGGGAGAAAGAAAUGGACAUGUGUAAAAUCAAGUUAUAUGCACACCAUCCAACCCAGAACCAAGUGGUAGAGUCAAAACUCUGCUGCCUCAGUAACGUUACCCUGCAGGAAGCUGCUGAGCUGGCACACAAGAAACUCCAUUUAGAAGGAGUAGUUCCCAUAGAGCGGUGCCGUCUAGUGAAUUAUGAUAGACUACAGGACACCAUCGAAUGCAGUUUCGAAGGCCGAGAAGAUGAUUCUGUAGGCGACAUUUUGAACGGUCUUCGUGGAAAUUCGAAAUACGACUUUCUUCUGGAGAUUCGCAAAGAUGGUGCUGAGUUUGAGACUUAUCAGCUUGGAGGUAUUUCAGCAAAAGUGUUUGUAGUGGAUCUUGAGGCUGAAGAAGUAGAUGGCCCUACCAUUGUGCGAGGGAAUAUCUUGCAGACGGUGGCAGAAUUUAAAGUCACAUUAGCCAAAGCCCUCCAGUUGGAUGCAAAAACCUUGAAAAUAGUUCUCGAGAAGUACAGGUACAGCAAUGAGCCAAGACUGUUGGACAAUGAUGAAAUAACACUGAAAUUUGAAGGAUUCUAUAAAUCUAAUAAGAUUUUUGUGGCUUCACGUUAUGAUGAUGAUCCAGAAAAAUCAUUUGUAAUUUCAAAACUGCGCAAAAUUAUUGAUAGGUUUGAACAUAUAGUAUGUCUUCGUAUGGUGCUACCAGAUACGGACAAAGAAACCCUGGAGAAGUUAGCAAUUCCUGUGCUGAACUUGGAUGUUAACCACAAUGGUAGUGGUAACUGCAAACUGUUAGAGGACAGUAGUACAAAUGAAGAAGCAACCGGCGCCGAUGGUGCUUCGGCGCUCGGUGUAUCUUCUCCUGCCAAUACUGGCAGCACUUUGCGUGACAGUUCCCCACAGCCUCCUGGCGAUGCAGAAGAUGAGGGGAUUGGUGCUACUGGACACAGUGAUCAAAGUGCCAGUGAGGACAGCAGCCUUACUGACAGUGACAGGACGCUAGUAGGUGAUGUCCCAGAUGAAUGUCUGGCUCAGCUAUCCAGUCCCAGCAAUUCUCCUGCAGGUUCAGAUCAGCAUAAUGUAUCAUCACCUGAAGAAGGCAAUACGAAUACAUAUCACUCAUUCACCAGAGAGCCGACAGCGAUGUGGGAUGAUGAUGAAAAGGAGACUGCUGGGGCCACAACUAAGUCUACUGCUUACUACUUCCGAGCAGUUCCGUAUAUUGAUGACGACAAUCAGAGAAUGCUAAAGGUGCUAGUAGACAAGAGAAUGUUCCUAGGGACCUUGAAGAAGGAUCUGGAACCGUAUGUUGGGGUUCCGGUUGAAUACUUCAAGAUAUACCGUCUUUAUUCUGGCCAACAAGAAUUUGAGUGUGCCCGUUUCAAAGAGAGUUUGGGCUCAUAUCACGAUGAUGACAAACUUAUAAUCAGGCUCGGCAGAGCUUUAAAGAAAGGUGAACAUCGAGGGAAAGUGUACCAACUCUUGCCUAAUGCAUCAGAGCCUAGUAAAUUCUUGUGUGACUGGAUUCUUGGCAAAGGGAUGAAGGUUGGUGAAAUGAAAAAGGAAAUCCUCCAAGAAAUUAAAAGAAAGUAUUCGAUAGAUAUUCCAUAUGACAGGUGUCGUCUUCGAAAGAAGAGUUGGAAGAAUCCAGCAAAAAUUUAUCUUGAUCAUCAGCAAUUUGAGGAUAUUGGCCUGUUCCCAAACUGGGAGAUGUUCCUGCAAGAACUACCUGAACCGGAGAAAGUCACAUCUAAUGAUCAGCUAGUGCUCUUUGUGCGUCACUGGUGCCCUGCAGAACUUGAACUAAAGCCCCUCCAGGAGGUAGUAUUUGAUGGAUCAUCAGUCGAAGAAUUGAAGACCAAGUUGUCCGAUUUUAGUGGCAUCCCAAUUGAAUAUUUGGAAUUUGCCAAGGGACAAGGCUCAUUCCCCUGUGAAGUGUCAGUUCUUAUUCUACACACUGAGCUCGACUGGAGUUUUCAGUCAUCAUCACUUGAUACUUGGCCACUUCUCAGCCUUGAAGAUGGACAAGUUAUUUUUUACAGGGACAGAAGAGAAGAACUGAAACAACCUUCAAGCCAAGAUCUUAAAGAUAUCGCUAAUAAGGAAGGUUCCCGUGUGAACAGAUUUGGUAGUACGUUGUCUGCUUACUCGCCUCGUAAGGAGCGCGCUCUAAAAAUAUAUCUGGAUGCAUCGCCAAGAAGAUGCGAUGAUGUGGAUGUUGACUGAAAUGUGAUUUGUAACUUGAAGUGGCUAACUCAUGCGUGUAUUGGAGUUUUGCAUAAUACCGUAAUUAUAAGCUGACAUUGCAUUAUGAAAUAUCAUUACACAUUUGUGGUAUGGUGAUAGUGUAUCAAUAGUCACCCGUGCAUUUGUGUGCCGAUGGAAACUGCAGCGUGUAAUCUUGAAUAUUGGCAGGGGGGGGGGGCAUUCUUUUUGGAUUCAGACCGACUUCUGCUUCAGGCACUGUGGGACCCAUGGUAUUUUAUUUAUUGCAUAAUGUGCUAUGUUGUGUGCUGAUACUGUGUGGCACUGAUAUCAGCAACCAUUUGUUUCAUUGUCCAAU